AGAAUUAUAAAAUUGCUUCUGUACUAACUGCUCAUCUGUUCCUAGAAUGGACCCCCAACCUCAUGUAAUGAAAUAUAUGCAGAGUUCUGCAGGAAAGCUAUUGUUUUCCUGAACUGCAAGUACAGUACUUCUGUGAUUAGUACAAUCUUCAAUCUUUCUUCAUAGCCUGUUUUUGCUGCUAUGGCCCAUCAGGGCUCACCAAAAAGAUACAAACCAACAAACCUUGUCUAUGGCCCCAUCUACACAGUUGUUUCUUUGUUCUCCAUUUUACCUGGUUCUCUAUGAUAAGCAGAUUGACAGAUACCAUGGUUGAGUGUUUUUUAAAAUUCAUCAUCUGUACCUUCUUAUUAUCAAUUAGCAGUUUUGUUAUCUUUGGUUCUUCUUCCUGUUUCCCAUAUCACUUUGCCCAAGAGACAAAUCCAAUAUUCCAACAGAAAACAGAUAGGUUCUGGGAGUUUGAUGAGCAAUCCAACAGUUGGGUUGAAGUGAAAUUGCCUUUUGAUCUGGUUUCUUGUGUUAAUGGGAACUGUAGUAAAGUGGGUUCUAUUUCUCAGCCGAAGAAGAAGGAAGACAGUUUUAAUGAAGGAUUUGAUUCUCCUGAACAAGGAGAGAAUUCAAAAACCAUUCAUAAGAACAGUGUAUUAGCAGAGGAGAGUUCUGAUCAGGUUAUUCUGCCUGUGAGAAAGAGAAUUUCACUGACUAAAAUGUCUGAAACAUCUAUGUGGUUGACAGGAGAAAGUGGCUCUAUCUAUGAAAGGUUCUGGAAUGGUGUGCAGUGGGUAAUUGCACCCCAUGAUUUACCAACAUCGGCAGGUUCUUCAGUUUCAGUUUUUAUUGUCAAUCAGACUAUUCUGGCACUCUCUGAAUCAGGGAAUCUAUAUCAGAUGCAACUCAGUGAAAGUUCACAGCCAGUUUGGAUUGAAUGCACACCUACACUGGAUCAUAGUCCACAAAGUACAGAAACAGAACCAAGCUCUAUCUUAAUCAAGUCUGGGAUUGUUUCAUAUGACAGAGGGAAAAUUUACUUCUCCACAAUCGAUGGAUCAUUGCUGGAACUUAGUGAAGUUGAACCUUGGAGGUGGAUAUAUCAUGGAAGACCCCCUGGUGCAAAUGUCGCAGCCAUUGCUGAUGCUGCCACCAUUAGACCAGAUGUAGUAUUUACAGUAAGUUCCAUAGGGGAUCUUUAUGAGCUAGAUAGGAACUCAAAGCCAUCAUGGAAGAAACACAUAUGGAGCAAAGGAUUAAAGCAAGAAAUAUCCUUGAAACCAUCAAAAGGAUGCAUUAUGCAUGGCUUGAUCGGAACUCAGUCUAUUUCUCUGUUCCUUUUAACAAAGGAUGGUGAUCUUGUUGAGAGGAGGCUGCAUCAAAGGAAGUGGGGAUGGAUAGUCCAUGGAAGUCCAAAAAAUCAGAACCUGACAUCCAUCACAGCAGUUGCACAAGAUGAAUUAAAUGAGAAAAUAUUCUCAUUGUUCUUUACUACAGCUACUGGAUCCAUUUUCGAAUAUCAACUUCCUAGACAUUCCGGUGGUGCUCAGGGAAAUCAAAUAUCAGAGAAAUGGGUGAAUCAUAUGCAUCCACUGCAUGCAAAAGCUGCAAGAGGUAUUGUGGGUCUGCAGUGUCAAGUUGGAAGGAUAUUAUUCCCUCUGGAUGAUGGUAGACUAGCAGAGCUGCAUUUAUUUGGCAUUGGUGGUGAAGGAUCAAACCCAACUCAACAGAUUAACAUGCGAAGAAAAACAUCAUUUAAGUACGAAUGGUUAAUUUUAGAAACCCCAGAAACAGAGGGAUGGAAUGCAGAGUAUUGCACUGAAGAAAGGGGGCCUUCAAAUUGCAUCACAGGCAUAAAAGAUGAACCAAAUAACUCUGGCAUUGCAAGACCAACAACAAGAAGGCGAAAACCAGGUCAACCACAUCAAAGUUACCUGGUCCCUAGUGCAUCAGAAAGCAUUGGAGCUAAGCUUCCUCACCAAAUUAACUUCCUGGUAGAAGGGACCAACAAAAACUUCCGUAUGCGAGUAAUGCACACAGGCAGGUCAUUUUUCCUUGUAACAGACAGUGGAGUGACUUUUGAGUAUCUGUAUGCUGAGGAUGUAUGGUUAUGGCUGAAACAUGAGCAUCCUACAAUUAUGAAAGGUGUUGUAGGAAGCUACAAUGGAAGUUUGUUUUUGGUUGACUUAGAUGGAAACUUACUUAUUAGAGAAAGAAGCAGCAAUGAGCUAACAUGGAAAAACUGCACUGCCAUAAGAAAGGGUAGGCAAGUAAUAGGAGGUCCUCCAUGGGAUAAAAUACCUGGUAAAUCUUUGAAAGUUACAACAGAAGAUGCACUUUUCUUCGUGAGCAAAAAUGGAAGAUUACUUCAAUUUACAGUUGCAUUGCGAAAGUUCAAGUGGAAAGACUGCCGACACCCCCUAAAUACCAGAAUUGCAUGUAUAGUUGAUCAAGAAACGCUUCGGGCUAACAUAAUUUUUGUUAUUGGAAGGAAUGGUCGUCUAUAUCAGUAUAACAAAUUGACAAAAUUAUGGCAUGAGCAUUAUCAGUCCCCACAUUUGGUUUUGUCAAGAUUGCCUGGAACUGCUAUGAGACCACCAUCUCUAUCACUAACAGGUUCUUUAUUUAUGAUUUCGGAAGAUGGUGGACUUGUUGAAUAUCAUUGGAACCCAAUCGAUGGAUGGUGCUGGGUGGAACAUGGAACACCAUCUAGAAGUGUAAAUUUGGUCAGUUCACCAGGACCUUGCUUUGAAAGCAAUCAAUUGUUCCUUAUUGGCUCAGAUGGUGAAGCUUACCUCAGGUAUAUGGACCAAAGUACAUGGAAAUGGAAAAACUAUGGUUUUCCACCUGGAAAGGAUGAAAUGGUAGGAGAUCAAACACUAACAGGAAAACAAGAUACAGGGGAUGAUAUUUGCGUCGAUGAAGAUAGUGUGGCUAGCUUUGAGAAGAAUGAAGAAGGUGCCUGUGAUGCUAAGGUGGCACCAAUAAGACCAAUUCCAUUUUCUGAGGAUUCAGUGAUCUUUGAGUUACAAGAUGGCAGAUUAGCAGAAUUGCGACGAGUAGAUGAUACACAAUGGAUAUGGUCACGUACCAUCGGCACUCCGACAAGCCAGUGUAUGGCAAGUUAUUGGACUGCAGUAGCAUCAUGACAAUAGAUACAACCUCACAAAAAUAAAAUGCAAUACUGAAGUGAACAUAUGUACAGAAUUGUUACAGGUAUACUGAUACUAGAAAUUUUGAGUUUGUAGAACAUCUAUCAUAAAUAGCAUUUGCAAUCCCUCUUUGUAUCUCCCCCCCCCCCUUCCUUUUUACCCUUUAU